GAUCUCAGAUAUCAUUCUGCUCAAGCUGUGUUUGUGUGCAACAAAAUGGCAGAGGCCAUUUUAAAAGACCCGUUCUUUUGUUCAAUAUGCUUGGAUCUACUAACGGAUCCAGUGACUAUACAUUGUGGACAUAGCUACUGUAUGGGUUGUAUCAACGGCUGCUGGGAUCAGGAUGAUCUGAAAGGAGUCUACAGCUGUCCCCAGUGCAGACAUACCUUCACCCCAAGGCCUGUUCUGAACAGAAGCACUGUCUUGGUUGAAGUGGUGGAGAAACUGAAGAGGACAGGACCUCAAGCGUCUCCUGCUCACUGUUAUGCUGGACCUGAAGAUGUGGAGUGUGAUGUCUGCACUGGGAGAAAACUCAAAGCUGUCAAGUACUGUCUGGUGUGUCUUGUCUCAUACUGCGAGUCUCAUCUCCAGCCUCAUUAUGACUCGCUUGCCUUUAAGAAGCACACGCUGGUGAAAGCCUCCACACAACGACAGGAGAAGAUCUGCCCUCAUCAUGACAAACUGCUGGAGGUUUACUGCUGUACUGAUCAGCAGUGUAUCUGUCUGCUGUGUGUGAUGGAUGAACAUAAAGGCCAUGAUACGGUGUCAGUUGCAGCAGAAAGGACUGACAAACAGAAACAGUUGGGUAAAAUACAGCAGCAAUACCACCAGAGAAUCCAGGAGAUGGAGAAGGAGGUACAGGAGCUUAGGCAGGCUGUGAAAACACUCACGCGCUCUGCACAGGUGACAGUGGAUGAGACUGACAGGAUCUUUAUUGAGCUGAUCCGCUCCAUUGAGCGAAGGCGUUCUGAGGUGAAGGAGCUGAUCAGAGCUCAGGAGAAGAUUGCAGGGAGUCGGGUUCAGGGACUCCUGGACCGACUAGAUCAGGAAGUCACUGAGAUGAAGAAGAGAGAUGCUGAGCUCAGGCAGCUCUCAAACACAGAGGAUCACAUCCAUUUCCUUCAGAGUUUCCAGUCACUCUCUGUCCCUCCUGGUUCUGAGGCCCUACCCAGCCCCACUUUCAAUCCACACAUUUCUUUUGAACGUGUGAAGAAAUUGGUUUCUGGACUGAAAGUGCAACUGGAUGGUAUCUGCAAGGAGGAAAUAGUCAAGAUAUCUGAAAAUGUGAUGAAAGUGCAAAUUGUUCGACCUCUGGAGCCCAAGACCAGAGAGGAGUUCUUAGAAUAUUCCUGCCAACUCACAGUGGAUACUAACACAGCAUGUGGAACACUGCAUCUGUCUGAGAAGAACAGCAAGGUGACAUGGAGUGAAGGGGAGACUCAAGCCUAUCCUGAUCAUCCAGACAGAUUUACCCACUAUGACCAAGUGCUGUGUAGAGAGGGUUUAUCUGGAAACUGCUACUGGGAGGCUGAGCUUCGAGGCUGGAUUACUGUGGCAGUCUCAUAUGUUGCUCUUGUGAGGAAAGGAGAGGCUAAUGAGUGUAGGUUUGGAGGUAAUGAUCAGUCUUGGAGUUUGGAAUGCUCUCCCACCAGUUGUUCUUUCCUUCAUGAUAAUGUUAAGACUAAAAUACGAUCCCAUUGCACCUCCAGAGUAGGAGUGUACUUGGACUACAAGGCAGGAACUCUGUCCUUUUACAGCAUUUCUAAAAAAGUGACCCUCCUCCACAGAGUGAAUAACACAUUCACUGAACCCCUCUAUCCUGGGUUUGGGGUUGGUUUGGAAUCAUCUGUGAGGAUAAUGCUUCCCAUGCAGUCAACAUGAUUUUUCUGUGUUUUAUAUAUAUUUCCACACUAUGAGGUUAGAAUAAUACUGUGAAAUUGUGAACUGCAUCUCAGUGCGAGGCGUCACUACAGACCCU